AUGAACCCUGUCACAGAAGAUGUUGGUUCGACUGGCAACCAUCUGGCAUCGAUCAAACAAACAAAGACAACUACUCAUGUAUCUAAUAUGAAUAAUAGGGAAGCGCUAGAAGAAAGCGCACCCACAAGCUCAUCAACACCGUCUUCCAGAAUAACGCGACUAUCCUCUGCGGCAAAUAGUAGUCUCCCGAAAAAACCUCAAAAUUAUCAAGCCAGCCCGAGCUCUACAACUGGCCUCGGCCCAGCAGUUGACUUCAAAUCUGGGGGAAUAAUUGGGCUCCCUGAUAAAAAUAAGAGCACACUGGAACGUGAUCUAGAAAGUACACAGCAUGCUCAUAAAUCUACAUCUACGUUAACCGAUUCUGCCUCGAAAACUAGCAAAGAUAUUAAGAAAGACUUGAAGAAUAAAGUGCCAGACCCUAAUGUACGACGAUCUGGGCGUCUGGCUUCCUUACAAGUUUCUUACCGAGAAUUGAAACAGAAACGGAUUAAAGUCCCCAAGAUUAAGGAACCAGAAAUAGCAAACCAGAAAUUAAUAAGAGCUACGGCUGAAGUCGACGCGAUCCUCUCUAAAGUGGGAAAAUGGCCAUUACCCCCCGAAAAUAGUCUCACCACUAAGAAGAUCAUGAGGGGUGAAACCUUCUACGCGAAGGAGCCGAAAUGGCCUGCUGAGACAUCUUCUAAAUAUCGAUGCCCCCAAGAUAUUAGUCGAGAAGGAAUGCCUUGCAAAGCGUCCGAUUUCUCCUAUCGAAUGUUCAUACCUAUAUUUUUGAUGGAGAAUCAAGAUAAGAUGGAGAAACUAACAGCCAAGGAAGUUGCUUCCGCUUUUCGUUUGUGUGUAACCACAUUUUAUUCUCACAUCCACUGGGUACACAAGAAAAUGUUUCACACCGUGUAUGGAGGAGAAACGAUUGUAGAAGAGGCGAAAGCUCAGAUCAAAAAGUCUCUCGUUCAUCAUAACCAAGCUACGACUACACCUAAUCCGUUAAAAAGGAACUUUGAUUCUUCUGGAAUAGAUUCUGAGCCGAUUGCACCAGCUGAUCAGGUAUCAAAUUGUGACAACUCAAAAAAGGUGGCUAAAGUUUCAGAAAAAAGUGAAUUACGCGCUCUAAAUUCUGAAACUGAAGUUUUCGAUGACGAAACCCUAUCAAGGCGUUGUGAAAGGUGUCGAGAGCGAGGGCACAAAGUUUCGGAAUGUCCAGAGAAACUAUCUUUGCCAGCAUUCGAGAUAGUUUGCGAUUUAUGUGGGGGUACUGGUCAUAUCGAGACAGACUGCCAUUAUAUUUGGCGUACUUUUCAGCCUAGACCUAAAGAUAUCUUCAAAGUUCAGUCGAUAAAGGCAAGCUGUUAUUGCUGUGGGGCAUCUGGUCAUUACGGCUCAGAAUGUGGGCUAAACCGCCAUUUGACCUUAUCGGGGGCAGUGACAUGGUCACUUGCGAACCUGAACACAUAUGUUGAUAGCAACAGUCAAAAGCGUGCAUUAUCUUUCGAUAUUGACCCCUCUCCCCCUGCAAAAAGGGGAUUCAAUAUCAAGGGUAAGGCUUCAAAUCCUUACAUCUCAGAUGACGAUAGCGAUAAUGGCAGAAGCUUUAUUCGUCCAAAGAUCAAAGUUCUUGAACGGGGCUUAGAACGUGGAAAUAUUCGCUUUGUACCAGUAUCAAACGAUUCAUAUCGAUCUGGGCUAGUAAGGGAUCGUGAUGUUGCCAUUAUGCAAAGUGAUGUGUAUCAACGCGAUCAUGGCCCACCAAGAGGACCGCGUUUCCAACCACCGCCUUAUUCUCGACCUUAUCACCCAACUGAACCAGUAAAUCCUAGGUACACCGAAUGGUAUCCUCCAGCCCCUCUCUCGCCUCAAGAAAUCUUACCACCAACAAUGAGGGGCUCUCAAUCUAUCGGUAGAGCUAGAGGUAGUAAGAGCAACAGUGAUAAAUUAGGACGCUAA